AUAAUAAAUUGUCAUGCUCGCCCCGGCCCCCUCAAUGUUAAUUAAUUGAUUGAUGAGUUGAUUAAUAAAAUGGCGGGCAUGACUUUCACUCCUGGUGUGCUAGAGUCCAAGCUAAGGGACCUCAACUCUACAAUGCAGAGCAUACAGGAGCUCUCACAAUGGCUGAUAAAUAACAAGAAACACGCUAAGUCAGUGGUGGGCAUAUGGUUCAGAGAAAUGCAGAAAGCUUCUUCAAGUAGAAAGCUCACUCUGGUGUAUCUUGCCAAUGACGUUAUUCAAAACUCGCGUCGCAAAGGACCAGAAUAUAAAACUGAGUUUGCCAAGGCACUCCCUCGGGCACUUCAUCUUGUUGCAAAAGACAAGGAUCAGAGCGUUACCAAAUCAGUGACUCACGUGAUAUCAAUAUGGAAAGAGAGGCGGGUUUUUGAGGACGAGACCAUUAGCAAAUUUAAUACGAUUCUGAGCAGUGGUCAUUAUAAAAGAUCAAAGAGUGAAUCAGAUGCAUUAUCUACUAGCUCUAGAGUUGAGGAAUCAUCAUCAAUGGGUGUGGUUAUUGAUUCUGAGACAACUCCGCCCCCUCAAGAAGACCCACCUAAUGGUAGAGAACCUCCUCAGGUUGAUGUAUUGCUGAAGCUUAUGACCUCAGUAGAUGGUGAGAAGUCAGCAAUACAAGACAUGGCACUUAGACAAAGGAUAGCCAACUUUCCCUCUCAUCUCUACGACGUUGACAUACUAUCAAAAUUAAAGAGUAAGGAGGCAUGCCAGGAGCUGUUGGAAGAAGUCAAAGAGCCUCUUGAGAUAUUAUCUCAAUAUACAAAGAAGAUGGAAGAUGAGCUAAAGGAGAGACAAGAGAUAGAACAGUUGCUGGAGAGCUUUCUGUGGCUGCAUCAAUGUCUCCUUUAUAAAGCUAGAGAAAGACAGAAAGAUUAUAGGCAGAAGAUGGAGCAAUGUCAACACGUUAAAGUGACUCUCAAUUCACAUAUUGCAAGUCUUCCUGAUUUAGCUGCUCCUAAUUCAGACUCUUUAGCUCCACUACCAUCAAUUGGAGAUCUUUUCUCUUAAUAAUAAUAAUAGUAAUAAUAAUAAUAAUAAUAAUCAUUA